CCAUAUCUUCUGUCUAAUCUGCUUCACUCAUUCAUUCAUUCUUCUUUUCCUCCAUAUAGGCUUAAUUAAAUUGAGAGCAUUAUUCAUAUUACCAUGUUUCCUUUACAACGAGGCAAUGAGCUGGUGAUUCAGUUUUCUAAUACCUCCCACCAACACAAAAUCUCCCAAGAUCUGAUCCUUGAAGAUUAUGCUUCUCUUGAUGUCAAUGAUUCUGAUAAAAUAUUGUUCACAAAAAGCCAAUCAUCAAAUAAACUAUUUUAUGAUGGUGGUGCUGCUGCUGAUGAGGAUAACAACAACAACAACAACAACAACAACGAUUCUAACAACGAUGAUGAUAAUAAGAAGAAGAAGAUGGUUCAUAGAGAGAUUGAGAGGCAAAGGAGGAAAGAAAUGGCUACCCUUUAUUCCUCCCUUAGAUCCCUUCUCCCUCUUCAGUUCAUCAAGGGAAAGCGUUCAAUAUCUGACCACAUGAACGAGGCAGUGAAUUACAUAAAGUACCACCACCAUGAUAACAAUGAUAAACCUACAUCUAGCACUAACAGAUACUUCACUCUCCAUGAGAGUGAUAAUGGUGUUCUCGGAAUUGAAAUCACCGGUGGCGCCGCCGCCGCCGGAGAAGAAGAAGGUGUCACACUAUCAGAGAUUCUGGGCUACUGGUUGAAGAAGAAGGACUUGAAGUUCUUAUUCCUUUCUAGCAAAGUCAAUGGAAGAUUGGUCCACAGUGUUCAGUGUGAGGUAAUCAAUUCCAACAGUGUAGAUCUAUUUGAGCUGAGAAGGAAACUUGCAAGUUUAAUUCAAUGAUUGUUUCCAUGAUCAUCAUCCUUUGGAUUAUGUUCUCUGAUUAAUUAACUUUAAUUUGUGGUUGCAUUAUUGGAGCUAGCUAGCUAGGCUCACAGUUUAAUUUGGGUAAUGUUAGGAAUGAGAUUGAAGACAUAUAAUUAACAUCCUUGCAUUGUGGGUCUUAAUUUCUAACUGCAUGAUGAUUAGGAUUUUGUUUGGUAAAUGGUUUCUUUUAUAUUGGCACUGCA